GGUGAGAUGGUGAGCUUUGCAUGCUCAGCCCUGCUGCGACAGAGAGGAGAUUAAACCACAGAUGGUGAGUGAGUUUGAGAGAAGAAACUCACCCAGGUUUGAUACCGGUGUUUUGUAGCUGCGCCUAUUGGGGAAAGGAGGGCUGUGGGCGGAGAAGGGGAAAGGUUAGCCUGCCCAGGAGCCAGGCGUCCUUUCGUUAAAGUAAAGGAAGGAGGGGGCAAGAAACCCCAGCAGAAGCAGAGGAAUUGGAGGCGAGGAGGUGUUGGAAGCAGGAGCAGGGGGGAGCUGAGCACACGAUCUGGCUGGCUGGCUGGCUGGCUGAACAGGAACUGAAUUGAGAAAUCCUCCCCCCUCGCUGCCGCAUUCGGAGCUCCGGGGGUCUCACCACCGCGCGCGCUGCCCCGGGGCUGCCUCGCGCCCAUGAGCUAGAGAGCCACCUCCCGUCGCGGGCGCCCGCGGUAGAUGACCGUGGACAGCACCAUGAGCAGUGGGUACUGCAGCCUGGAUGAAGAUUUAGAGGACUGCUUCUUUACUGCCAAGACUUCCUUUUUCAGGAGUGCACAGAGCAAGGAGUCCUCAAAGAAUGUCUGCAAACCGGUGGAAGAGGAGAAGCCCCAGGUCCCCACACUUAAGGAAAUCAAACAGAAAAUUGACCACUACAAUAGCAAGGAGAAAAAUUGCCUGGGCAUGAAGCUGAGCGAAGACGGCACCUAUACUGGCUUCAUUAAAGUGCAUCUGAAGCUCCGGAGGCCAGUGACGGUGCCGGCGGGGAUCCGGCCCCGCUCUAUCUACGAUGCCGUCAAAGAGGUUAACCUGGCAGCCAUUACCGACAAGAGGACGUCCUUCUACCUGCCCUUGGACGCCAUCAAGCAGCUGCAUAUCAGCAGCACCACUACGGUCAGCGAAGUCAUCCAGGGGCUACUCAAGAAGUUCAUGGUGGUGGACAAUCCCCAGAAGUUUGCUCUGUUUAAGCGGACACACAAGGACGGACAAGUGCUGUUUCAGAAGCUUUCCAUCACCGACUGUCCCCUCUACCUUCGCCUGCUGGCUGGCCCUGACACAGACAUCCUCAGUUUUGUGCUGAAGGAGAAUGAGACGGGAGAAGUGGAGUGGGAUGCCUUCUCCAUUCCAGAGCUCCAGAACUUCUUAACAAUCCUAGAAAAGGAAGAACAGGACAAAAUCCAGCAGGUGCAGAGGAAGUAUGACAAGUUCAAGCAAAGACUGGAAGAACUCUUGAAAGAUGCCCAAGGCAAACCUGGCUAACCCCGCCUGCCUCCCCUUCCUCCCUCAGCCUGGAACAACUCCAGAGGAGAAUGGAUUGAUAUUCUUAUUAUUUUGCAGCAGACACUUUUCUCAGGAUACAUCUGGCUGGGCACUCUUGUGCUCACCCUCAAGUUGUUCCAGAUGGGGCAGUGACUUCUCCGAUGUGUUUUAUCUUGGGAUUUUUCCUUUUGUCCCUUCCUGUGUCACCCCUUGACCUGCAGAGACACUGCUAUGGAAGCAGUACCGGUGUUCGAAGAGAAUUCUUCUCUUGCUCUAUCAAACUACAGGCCUUUCAGAAACCCAAUAGCUGCCUUGUCACAUCACCAAUCCAGGACCUGUCACUCUAUUUGGCAAAGGCAGAUCUGGGAAAAACAAGGGGAAAUCAUUUCAGAGAGAUGCCUAUUUUUUCCUGGAUCUUUGUUCUGUUCUCUCUUCCCUCCUUUCUCUUAUUGAACAGCUUUAUUUAUUGAGUCACAUAAUAAAAAGCUGAAUGUUCAUUUGUGGAGACCUAGCAGGCUCACACUAGACCACUAGAAGCAGGGGGGGAGGGAGGAGGGGUGCAUCAAUUAGUACCCUGCCCUCCACCUUCACCCCACCCCCAGCGACAGGUGCCUAUAAUUCAGGCCCAGAGAUGCCUCUUAAAGUCACUGGCCCCUGCUAAGAAACCCUGAGUGGUUUAGGUUAGGACUUUCCAUAGUGAUCAUCAAUGUGAGCUCCUCCAGCACAUGAUGAUAUGAGGGUGAUGUCUUAGGUACAUGUGUAUGUGUGUAUGUUUGUGAGUGGGUGUAUACCUACACCUGCUUUUGUCAGAACAUUUCUUCUCAACAUAAAUUUGAUGCUAAUGUUGCCAUUCUCCUGAUAUUUCUCCCAAAGUGAAACUGGUCUUUUCCCUGCCCAGGGGUUCCCAUUUUAAACUUUUGUUCCUGAGAAAGGAGAUUGAGGUGGAUUGAGACCAAAAUGUCUUUCAGAAAAUUAUCUGACAAGCAACCUCCAACCUCUGGGAGUAGGGAAGAGACUCGACCGUGCCUGAGAUGCCCUGACCCAGAUGUCCCAGGGCUGUUACCACUCCUUCCUCUGCCUUCUGCCUCAGGCCCUGGUCCUGUGGGAUUCCAGUUGUGGCCAGAAGACCUGCCUUCCUCAGAGAAGUAGGGAACCUCAAACUCAACCCUUCCAUGCUGAAGACUGGGCACUCUGCCUGGUAUGACCCCAAAAUGGAAGGAGAGCCCCAGGGGCCUUCAUCUCCCCUUUGACCUCAGUGCCUUUCUGUCUUUAAAGGGGGUGUGGGAAUAAGUUCGAGGUUCCAAGAUGCUGCUUUCCUGGUGCCCUGCCCCUGCUCUGAUCAUCCUAGACAGUGAAUGCUGGAAGAGCAGAUUGAGAAAAGACCCCCUUCCUAACCCACCAAAAGGGAGAAUGGACUUCUCUUCCCAUAUCACAACUGCCUCUCAUUCUUGGGGGUGCUGCAAAGAAGGGGGGAGUGGGGGAGACACAGAACUUCCUGACUGCUGGUUUGUACUGGCUCAUCGGACUGGUGCAAAUUUCAAUUAAAAACCAGCCAACCAACCAAUCCACAUGAUCAGUCAGGUACAUAAAGAUGUUGAGGCAGCACAGACUAGUGGGCCAGCUUUCAGAGUCAAGAAGACCUGGGUUCAAGGAACUGUUCUGAUAGAGUGGCUUUGUGACAUGGGGCAAGUCACUUAAUCUCAGUGCCCCAGUCAACUUUCUAAGACAAUGUAAGCUGCAGAAUAGAUGCUGAUGUUCCUUGGUAGAAGUUCCUCUACUGAUGGAAUAUAGACUUAGGCCAAGAAAAUAACAACAAAAACACACUUCAAGGCAAGGACAGGACUUUAAUUUUCAACUCUGGGUUGGACUCUAGGUCCAGCCCUUGAGAGACCUUUGCCCCUUGCCCUCGAUUUCCAAAUUCCCCAAUAACUAUCACUCUAUAGAUAGGUUCAUGUCCCAGCUUCUCCAAGGCCUCAAAGGGUGACCUUUCUCCCUCCUCAUCUCUCCCACUAAACAUACAGCCUCCUUGUUGCCUCUGGAGAAUACAGGGCUGUAUGUGCAUAUAUGCAUACAUAAAUACAUUAUAUAUAAUAUAAAUUAUAUAUAUGUAUGUAUGUCUACCCACAUGCACAUGUCUUUAUAUCUGUAAAAGAAACAGCAACUUAUACAAAUAUUCCCCCCCUCCCCGCCAUAUUCCACACUGUACCACUCCCUUCAAAAGAAAAAAAGAAAAAAAAGAAGAAA